AUAAUUCAAUAUGAAAUUAUGAGCGUAAUUUGAUUAGGUUGAGCGAUGGCGACGGGGAUAAUUCAAGCUCAAGUUUGCCAUAUUAGGAACAAGGAUUAUCAUUUGGGUUUUGCGAAACAUGUAGAUUUUGUAAAGAUUUCAAGUAUCAAGAGGGUUAAGCCUUCAAGAAGUAAAUUGUCGGUUAUAAGAGUUCGAACCAGGGAUCUGAUAUUGCUGAGCUUCAGCCUGCAUCAGAAGGAAGCAGUCUCCUAGUGACAUGGACGACUCUUCUGAUCACGAUCAAGAUUUCUCCGACGAUGUAGGUAAUCCUAAUGGUGAUUCUUCUGAUCGCAAUCAAGAUCACUCCAACGAUGUAGGUAAUCCUGGUGGUAGUCCUAAUGAUGAAAAUGUUACACCACCUCCCGAGUUGGAAGAUAUAGAAAGGAUAUGUUGUAUAGGUGGAGGGAGGGUUGGAGUAUUAACUAUGAUGGUGCUUGCUCACUAUUGGCACAUCCAUAAACAUUUCGUUUUGGAUAAGGAUGUUGAGAGGAUUAAUGAUAUGAAUGGUAUCAAUGCUGCAAAUGAAAGAGUUAUGCCUUUUUCUGAGCUUGAUAUGGAUUUAUAUCUUAACAAAGGUAUUGACAGAGGGAAUCUGCAUUUUAGCUCCAACAUUGAUCAUGAACUUGAUCUAUGUCAAAUGGUUUUCAUAGCAGUUGAUAUACCUCUUAAGAUGAAGCCCAAAGUACUCAAGAAUGACUUGGACAUCAACAAUUUUGAAGAUGCUAUCAAGAGUAUACUACAAUCAAUAGAUAGAAUACCUGGUUGGAAGUGUGUAGCAAUCAAAUCUACUGUACCAGUUGACUAUAAAUCAAACAUUGCCAACCACAUUCAUGGGUUUUACGAUGCUUGGCGUCUUAGCGUCAUUACAAACCCGGAGUUCUUUUCUGUUGGUACUGCUGUUCAAGAUUUGCUACAUCCUCAGAAGGUGGUAUUAGGUGAUUUCUAUGAAGGUCAGAAUAGUUUAGCUCUCUUCAGAGAUUUGUAUGCGGGAGUGGUCAAUGUUGAUAAUAUCGAAAUCAUUGGUUCACAAUCUUCUGUGCAAAUAGGAAAGUUAUUAUCUAAUGCAGUUCUUGCAGCUCAGUUGACACUUAUGAAUAUCGGAUCUACCUUAUGUGAAAAGGUUGGCUCGAAUUUUGAUGAUGUUAGAAGCACCAUAACUGCAAACUCAAGAUUGAAUCAGGUUUUUACUAAUUCAAGACCGGGUUAUGGAGGGAUGGGUUUGACAAAAGAUAUAGAUUAUUUGGCAUAUUUGUGUGAGUAUGUAGGAAUGACAUUUGAAAAGAAGUUUUUUACCAUGAUUAGUGAAAUGAGAAGAAGAAAGAUGGAUGAGCUGGUGCAAAAUGUUUCACACAUGAUUGCAGCUUCUAAGAGUAUAGCUAUAUAUGGAUUUUCAAACAAAGUGGAUUCAGAUGACAUCAGAGAAUCACCGGCAAUUUAUAUUUGUCGAUCAUUGUUAAAGAUUAACGGUAUUCGUCUGAAAAUUUUUGAUCCAUUAGUUUCUGACAAUACGAUCCUCAAAUGCUUUGUUCCUAGAGAGAGAAAUCGAAUAUUGGUUGUUGAUAACAUAGGAGGUGCUUUUGAUGUUGAAGCAAUGGUCUUCUUAGUUGAAUGGCCAAUGUUUGCUACUAUGUUGGAGGAACAACGUGAUGAGCUAGUAAACACAAUGAGAAGGCCAUCCUUUAUCUUUGAUUGCUGUGAUUUGAUUGUCGAUGUGGAUGGUUUUGAUCAUAUUCAGAUCUACCGAUUAGGAAAACCUAAGCUCAGCGCGAUUUAAUAUGCUCGUAGGUGAUAGUGAUGAGCUUUGAUGAUUGAGAUGGUAGAUGAUGGGGGGAAGCAGGGGAUCAAAACUCCAUUUGAUGAAAGCUGACACCAAAGAAGAGGAGAGAAACACCUUUUUAGCUUUUUUUUCCUUUGACAUACACCUUUUUAGAUUAGUUUUAAUGGUUUUGUAAUGAAAUUGAGUUAAUUUUAGUUUGAGUAUUAAAAAUUUAGUAGUAUGAUUUUGCCUU